AUGUUUCGUCGCCUGACGGUUGCUGCGGCUAUUCCUGCCUGGCAGACAUGGGCGGUGAGUCUGAGGCGACGGACGAACGGCCCCAUAAUAGUUGGAAACCAGGCACUUGGAGUGCGUGACUGCGAGGCCUCCAAAAUGACGAUAUGCGACUUUAUUGGUAGUUUUGAUCCGAAUUCGCGGAGCAGAGCCGCCGCAGGAGAAGUUUUGUCUUUCCUUGACCACUGCGGCGCACACGUCGCCUUCUCCUACGUGACGGGCUCGAAAACGUGGGAUCAGGCCACAACGCUAAAGGAGCUGGGCAUAACACUGGCAACAGUCUCGUUUAAUGCCUUUAUGUUCCGACGGCCCGUAUAUCGAGGCGACAUUCUUAUUGUGAACGGAACUGUGAUCUACGCGGGAGACACUUCCAUUGGCGUGCACCUGGAUGUGGGGAGGCAGAGCUAUGACAGUUCAACGCCGACGAAUGUCGGGGAAAGCGUUAUGACGAUGGUGUGUGUGUCGCUGAGCGACGUCGGCAGUGUGAUGAAGGGCCAUGUCCCGGCUUUGCGCAUCUCGUCACCCGUGGACAAAAAUCGAUACGAAAGCUUCUGCACCAUGCGAAGCAUCACGAAGGCGCUGCAAAGGGAAAAUGAGGAGACGAAUAUAGAAAUGACAUGUAUCGAAGAUGAGAUUAAUUGUGGAAAGCCAGUCAAAGUGGCCAUUGACGACACGAAAACGUAUUGCAAUCAUUUUUACCGGCCGACUGACGUAAAUUUAAACAACACCGUUUUUGGUGGAAAUAUCCUUUAUUGGAUGGAGGAGAAUGCCCGCCACUGUGGUCGUCUCUUUGUUGGUUCUCCUCAUGUUUGUACUAUUGGCAUGCAUGAUAUGGUCUUUGGGAAUCCGCUUUACACAACGGAUUGCCCAACAGUCGUUACCAAAGUGGUGUAUGUGCGUAAUACGACGAUGGAGGUGGAUGUCGAGAUGACUGUGGAGCGAAACGGCAUGUUCGUGGCAUCAAAUCGCGCGUCCUUUGUGCUUCUCAACAUGGACGCCAAUGGGAAAGGGGUUCCUAUUCCAAAGGGAAUUGAUCUGGAAAAGAGUACGCUGGAGGACAGAAAAGCAUAUGCCCGGGCGAGGCGCCGGUACAACUACAGUUUGGAGGCAAGAAAGGAGGGGACGCUGCACUUUGAGUCUCGUUGUGGUGUGGAUUAG